UUUAAUUAUGACCAUGGAACGUUACCAGACGCCUUUUCUAAAUCAGAUAUUCGUUGCGAGUGGAAUACUCAGCACGAUCCUGAGUUGCGGCCUUGGACUGGGGUUUUUAGCUGCCUUUCUUGACAAGAACCCUCUAGAAGACAAUGCGAGACAUGUCGAGAACACAUCAAUUCGUUUUAUUGAAACUGCCGGCGAGGUGGCGUUCGUACCAUCCAUUUUGAUAAUACCUUACAUAAUGCAGAAGAAAGGCCGCCGGAUAGCGGCCAUUGCGACAAUCCUGCCACUUCUAUUUAGCUGGUUAAUCAGUUUCGACGCCAAGCAUUUCACUGGGCUGCUAUUGGUUAAUAUUCUUCACAAUAUCGCACUUGGUGGAGCGGCGACGAUCAGCAGUAUCAUUAUUUCUGAAAUGUGCAGCCCCAAGUAUCGAGGAACGUUUCUUAUGCUUGAAACCGCUAUGAUAUCUUUAGGUGUAUUACUAAGCCAUAUCUCAGCAAUCUAUUCUUGCUGGGAAUUAAUUUCUGCAUUAGGACUCUUAACAGCUUUUUACGGAUUAAUCGGUUCUUAUCUAUCACCAGAAAGCCCCUAUUGGCUUAUAAGUAAAGGUCAUAUGGUGAUGUGCGCAGAAAAUUUUCACUGGCUGAGAGGACGCGAUCAAGAAGCAUGCAAGGAAUUAGAAACGUUAAUGCUGACUUAUAAGAUUCAAAUUCAAUUGGAGGCAAUGAAGCCUGUAAGGAAAUUAGGCGCUCGAGAAAAGAUCCUGGAUUAUCUACGGUCAUUAAUAAAAGUGGAUUUUCUAAAGCCUCUCUCUAUAAUAAUAUUGCUGUUCAGCUUCGUAGGUUUUGGAGGUGAAAAUUUCGUUUCCAACAGCUCUUUUAGGAACAUAUUCAAAUUAGCAAACGGGAAAUACAUAGGGACUAUUAUUUUAGAUGUUCUAGCUUUAGUGUGUUCAUUAACCGCUUGCGUUUUGCUGCAGGUUGUUCGAAGGAAAACUUUAUUCUUAUUUACAGGAUCUUGUUGUAUUAUAUUUUUAGGUUUAAUGAGUUUGUUCGUUAUAAUGCAGUCGCUUCAUUUGUUUUCUAAGGACUAUUUGUGGUUGUUCUUGACUGUAGUUACAGGUUUUGCUAUGUUUAUGUCUUUAGGGACUACAGCACUGCCGUUCUCGGUUCUCGGUGAGAUAUUCCCUAUGUCUUACAAAGGAGUGGGCAGUUCAUUAACUUGUGCGUACUUAUGGGCAUUCGGGAAUACUAUUUUGAAAUUCAUUCCGACAUUGACAACUUUGUUAGGCUUGCAUUGGAUUUUAUUGAUGGCGAUUAUUCUAAUGAUUUCUAUAUUAUUUUUUAUUAAUAAAGUACUGCCAGAGACAGGAAUGAAGUCUUUAGUAGAAAUAGAACAACUAAUGAAGAGCGAAGAUGACUAUGAAGCAGUGACAGUAUUAGAAGAAGAAGAUAAUCAACAAUUUGAUAGGCUGCAACUAUUUCUUGUAUAAUAUAGAUAUCA